UUACCUUUCUUCUCCUUGAGCAUGACUGGAGCACAGCUUCUCCUCCACACCUUGCUGAGCCUCUUCCCACACGGAAGCCCCUGAAACAGGUUCCUAGAGAACAAGUGCCACAGCGUGUAGCCCACGAGAGCUCCAGAAGGAGCCUCGUGACCGAGUGAAAGGAUGUGAAUCACUGCUGCCCUGGGGAACCAAAGAUCAGAAUGAUCGGCCCUGCCUCCACCUCCUGGAGACACUUUGACCCCGCCUCCUCUGAAGAAAUGCUCUUACCACGCCCCUUCCGGGAGACGUUCGGAGCCCGAGACAUGCCGGGAUUGAGGAGAUACGAGGUGGCGCUGGAGGCGGAGGAGGAGAUCUACUGGGGCUGCUUCUACUUUUUCCCGUGGCUGCGCAUGUGGCGGAGGGAGCGGAGCUCGGCACACCCCCGGGAGCCGAAGCUGGAGCCUCUGCGGGGCCUGAUGAGCUGUCUGUCGAGCGGCCUGGGCCCUGUCCCCCAGCGCUCGGGGCUUGCCCUCCCCCGCCGCACACCCGCCGCCACUGCCCAGCCAGCCAGUGCAUUAAAGGUUUAAACCGCA